AUGAUCCAAGACAAGAAACAAGAACACUGGUACGAUAAGCCCAUCCUUCCAGACAGUGACGAGCUCGUGACUUACAUGGAGGACCUUCGUCGGGACGAGGUGGCCACCACGUCGUCCCACAUGAUGCAGUUCCUACGAGCCAGCAACAUGCCUUGGAUUGAAGACUACUUCCUCCUUAUCACAAAAAGAGUGUCACGAACCAGGGUACGGGAGGUUCGCCUCCCCGAAGCCGUCGGUGCUUCGGCGGCGGCGGUGAGUGUACAGAGGGACGGGGUUCGCCCAACUAAAGCUCCGGCUAUCGAUCGGUCGCCAAUGGCGCUACUCCUGACGACGCUCGGUUUAAUGCUGCCUCCGCAUGAAGCCGUUCGCUCGUCUCGUCCCUUUGUCUACGCCACUCCCAGUGCCAGCGCUCCCGGUUCGGUUCGCUUGGCUCCAGUGGCCCUAGACCAAGAUGCCCCGACAACGAUUGCUCGCGGAAUGACGGCCACCCAUGCAUCCAAGGACGCUCGCGUUGACGACGCCGCGCAACCACCUGCGCCACAAGUCAGUCCACUCACUCACUCUACGAUGCGAAGCCCAAGAACCUCUUAG